CACACCGCAUACAGAGCUCGGGGGGGGGGACACGUCAACCACGGUGUGUUUUAGGAGAAUUGUGAGUCGUUUCGUGCGCGAGGUUUUGGUGGUACUUUUCUACCGAGGGAGCCUGUGAGGACGGGGAUAGGAGGUGUCCACUUAAGGUGCCGCAACGCUCCACGCCAUGGCCGCCGCUCUCCCCAUGCUCUUCUUCUGCCUGCACGUCUUCACUCUCUCAGCAAUGGAAUCUGCCUCCGAGCAAGUCCUCCCCCAGAUACACCCACACAUCACUGGUUGCGUCUCCACCAACAUGGAUACGUUCCGCUGCAGAUGGAAUGUCGGCCAUUCCCAGAACUUCUCCGAGCCGGGAGACCUGCGCUUUUUCUACAUCAACAUAAAACCCCCUCCCAAUUCUCCUAAAGAGUGGAGUGAGUGUCCUCACUACAGCACCGACAGGCCCAACGAGUGCUUUUUCAAUAAGAACCACACAUCCAUCUGGAAUUCUUACCGUGUCCAGCUCCGCUCGAGGGAUCAAUCCACCCUCUAUGAUGAGGACCUUUUCACCGUCGAGGAUAUCGUGCAACCGGAUCCUCCAUUUAACUUGAACUGGACCCUGCUGAACGUGAACUUCACAGGCACGAACUAUGACAUCAUGCUGAGCUGGAAACCGCCUGAGUCAGCAGACGUGGGGAUGGGAUGGAUGACGCUGAUUUACGAAGCCCAGUAUCGCAACGUCAAGUCCGACGUGUGGGAACAGACCGACCUUGUGAAAGUCACACAUCGGCCUCUUUAUGCGCUUCGGACUGACGUCAAUCACGAGGUUCGGGUCAGAUGCAAAAUGUCUGGUGGGAAAGAGUUCGGAGAGUUCAGUGACUCUGUGUUUGUGCACGUUCCAUUUAAAGCGUCGAGAUUUCCAGUGGUGACCUUGCUCGUCUUUGGUGCCUUGUGUUUACUGACCAUCCUGAUGUUAGUUAUUAUAUCGAAGCAGAAAAGGAUCAUGGUUAUUCUUUUGCCUCCUGUUCCCGGACCUAAAAUUAGAGGAAUCAACUCUGACCUUCUUGAGAAAGGAAAGCUGAAGGAGUUGAAAUCCAUCCUGUGUGGCCCUCCUGUUCUGAGGCCGGAGCUAUACAACAACGACCCCUGGGUGGAGUUCAUCGAUCUCGACAUUGAAGAGCACAGCGACCGGCUGACAGACCUGGACACGGACUGUCUCGUGGAGCGCUCCCUGUCCUCCAACUGGUCCCCUCUCUCCAUUGGCUUCAGAGACGACGACUCGGGCCGGGCCAGCUGCUUCGACCCAGAUCUACACAGCGACCCGGAACUGUCCCCUUUUGUUCCUCUCAUUCCAAAUCAAACCAACGGAAAGGACCCGACUUACGCGACCACCUCUGAGGCAAGUUCCGACGUCCGCGGCGCCGCCCCUGGGGACCCUCGACUGGUCGCACCGGGCAGAGAGGGGCUGUACACCCAGGUGAGUGAGGUGAGGCCAUCUGGCACGGUGUGGCUGUCACCCGAAGAACAGCCAGAGACCAGAAAAGACCUGGUGAAAGACAUCACGGUGGGGAAAGAGAAGAAAGACCUGCAGCUCCUGGUGGUGAAUCCAGAUCACGGAGGUUACACCUCAGAGCUCAACGCGGGAAAAGCGAGCCCCGCGUCUUCCUCGGGAGACGUGAGUGAAACCCGCCAGACUGGAGGGGUCUUGAUUUUGUCGCAGCCCUUGUGGCGUGACCAGGAUUCAGACCCCACCGUGUCCCCCCUUUGCCCUGCUCCGGCCUAUACCCUUGUAGAGGGUGUUGGCAAGCAGAACAGCCUCUUACUGACACCAAACUUAAUACCUGCCCCGCAAGUGACAAUUACAAAAGUCAUGCCAACACCGGACGGCUACCUGACCCCUGACCUUAUGGGAAGCGUGACACCAUAGACCA